AUGACCUGGAAGAGUCUCAUUCUGUUGAGUCUAUUGAGCUCACUGCCCUUUGCGGCUGCUUCUCCGAAGAAGCACCACCAAGAUCCUUCAACAACCCCUGACCUGCCACUGCCAGCUGCAAAUGCAUCGGCUUCAGCGCCCCCACUUCGAACUUACAAUAGCUCCAGGCUACAUACACCCUUUACUGGAACUCCGACAACCACAGGUGCGCUGACAGCUUCUUCAAUCGGAACGGGCAUCUCCCGCGGAGGUGUUGCAGUUGCAGCGACAACAUAUCCUGGCGAUGGAAAUCUUCAUCAUUCUGAGCCCGCUCCAUAUGUCCCGGCGGGUGGUGUCGGGACCAACGGAAGCACGCCCGUCUACAACACGAAGAGCGAUUUCGACUACGAGUCUUUGGCCCUUGCUCUAUACCAGGAAUGGAUUGAGCUUGAUCUGUUCCAAGACGGACUCAGGCGUUUCAACGAUUCAGCUUUCAGAGCCGCCGGUAUGACCGCUUCAGACCGCGAGUUGAUCGCAUUUAUGGCGCAACAAGAGAUAGGCCAUGCCACUAUGCUCAGCAACAUCCUCGGAGCACGUGCCCCACAGCAGUGCAACUAUAUCUAUCCGUACACAAAUGUCAAGGAGUUUGUCGACUUCUGUCAGAAACUCACUCGCUGGGGUGAAUCUGGCGUGUAUGGAUUUUUGGCUCAUCUUGACUCGCGCGAGGCGGCCACUCUCUUGACCCAGUCCAUCACCACGGAAGCCCGACAGCAACUGAUCUUCCGUCAGUUUGAGGGUCUCUUCCCGAUGGUAGAGUGGUUUGAAGUUGGCAUACCGCAGUCCUGGGCUUGGACGCUGCUGGCACCUUUCAUCAGCUCUUGUCCUGAAAAUCAGACUCGCUUGAUUUGGCAAAAUUUCCCAACGCUGAUGGUAGUCAAUCAGCCUGAUCCGUGGAUUUCGGGGACUCCUCGCAACCUUUCUUCGGCUAAUUACCGAAGAAAUGGGAACAAUUCCACCGGAUAUGAUUCUACUGGAUAUGAUUCUACCGGAUAUGAUCCUACUGCGUACAAUUCCUCUGGGUACAAUUCCACUGUGUACAAUUUUACCACCAGUGCCGAUCGAAUUUCAAGGCUCAACGCAACUUCUAGGUUCAACCAGACUACUGGAUUCAUAUUCAAUGAGACCACCGGAAUCAACAAUACUGUCGGACCAGGCGUCAGCAUCCCCAAGUCACCCAAAGGCUCCGGGAGAUUUAACUCGUCUAAUUCACGCAACGGCUGCGGCGCUUCUGUUAGCAGAAUCCGCCCAAUACCUCUCACGGCCCCGGGUCGUCAGGUGCUGUUGCAAUGGGAUCUUCCUGGGAAGAAAAUCGGUCCCAACAACAGCUACAUUACCACAACAGAGACGAAAGCUGGUAGUGCAAAGUAUGUUCUUUGGGUGUCCCAACUGAACAUUACCUACACCCCUCUGUACGUUGUCAGUGGCGAUAACGGCACCAGUACCAACAACACCACCAAUGGCACCAAUGGUGUCAACGGCACCAACAGUACCACGGAUAGCAUUCGAGGAUAUACUACCCAACCUGACCUGGAAACGUACCAAGGUAACCCAGCUUUCAAUGGUACUAUCUUCAUUGCUAUUACAGACGACGAUCCAUAUGCGAGCCCGUUCAAUUUGAGCUUGAUUAACCCGCAUGUAGUUGCUGGUCCAGCUUUGUACCAGGCUGGUUGA